AUGUCAUCCGGAGCCAUCGAUGCAACAUUGGAAGGCGCACAAAAUGUGCUCGACACUGCGGGUAGUUUUGUCGAGCUGGCCAAUAUUCCGGGUCUCAGCCAGGCUGUCAAAGCUGUUGCUCAUGUCAUACACAUUAUAACUAAAAUGCGAAAGAAUAUCUCUAGGAGUCUAAGCGAUAUAGCUCAGAAGCUCAGCGACAUGCGUACGGGAUCCAGAGUGGGGAGAUUUCUCGGUGUGGACCGGGACGCUGACAAGCUGUCUUAUCUCAAAGAGCAGCUUCGGAAUGCGCAGCGAGAUUUCGAGGGUUUAUCUCCUCAUGUCAUAAAUUCUAUUGCUCAGCUCCAAGGCCAGAUCCGCAUUGAGUUUCUCGUAGAUGCGAUGUUUGGCACAUUACACACCAUUCAGCAGGAUAUAUCGGUAUUGGUCCAAUUUGGAAUGACCACAGCUCACUACUUCGUCGAUGCCAUACAGUCGUACCUUCAGCGAGGCAGAGAUCAACAAAUGGAAUUUGCUCUGGAUGAGCUUAUAAUACGCCCUUUGGAGUCGAAGCACUCUGAACGUCCGGUUGUCCUGGUCAUUGACGCUGUCGAUGAAUGCACCGAGUCCGGCCUUGACCUAGUCCCACGGAUGCUCUACCUUCUCGCUGAGCGAGUCUCCGCUGCUCACAUUCCAUUUCGCAUCUUGAUCACCACUCGUCCAGAAUAUCACAUCGAAGAUGUUCUGCAAUCUGCCGAUUUCUCCAAAGACAGCAGUCGGAUUCGAUUGCAGGACAUCCCGCGGAAUAUCGUAGAUGGAGAUAUACAGCAUUUCCUGGAGCAUAGCUUCCGGAAGAUCCCACGCAUCGCGCCUUUCCUUGCUGCGCACCCCGACACCAUCUCAGCGCUCACAAUGAAGGCCGAGGGGCUGUUCGUUUAUGCCUCGACUGUCGUCAAGCUUCUGCGCCACGACGCAGAACACACGAACGAGAUUGUGGAUGAGCUCCUGGGUCAUUCGACCUCUCAUUCCUACUCUGAUCUCGAGCAGUUGGACCGGCUAUACAUCAUCGUCUUGCGCAACGCUUUCCAGAAGUUCGAUCGCUACGCUGACAGCAUACACGCGGUCCUCGGAUGCAUUGCCCUACUUCAAGAUCAUCUCACACCCUCUGCUAUCGCAUCGCUCAUGGGCAUCUCGAUCGCCAAUACCCUCUUCGUUCUCACGGACCCCAUGACUCCUAAGAGCUCAAUCGCAGAGCUUCAUGCCCUUGUCGAGCUGCAUCUUCCUUCGCAUGUCCAAUAUGCGUCCUCUGCAAAACUCGUCCAGAUGGUGACGCCUCGACCCGCACAGUGGGGCUCGCAUAUUAGAAUCAUCGAGAGCCCUGAUUUGAGUUAUCGCGUGUUGAGGUACUCGCCUGACGGUCGUUGGAUCCUAGCGUCGGCAUAUACUUCCGUCCAGUGUUAUCACGCGCUAUCUGGCGACCUCUUCCACACGAUAUCAGGCGUGCCCGAAAUGAUUCACGACCUUGAUGUCUCUUCUGAUGGCUCGACGCUCGUCACGUUGGCCUACGCGAUGGGCGUCACCAAGCAGUAUAUUCAAGUCUGGAACUUUGCGUCUGGGGCCCUUCUGCAUUCGAUAGAAUACGACAAUGUUCAAUUCUUGGCACUCUCGUUUUCUCAGGAUGGCAGACGGAUACUGGGCAUUGCGCGGAGCCGGUCUGCGCCAACAUCGAUUGUUCCCUUCAUGUGGGACACAAGGACGUUCACCAUGAUACGAUUUCUCGGCACUCGAGAACUGAGCAACGCGUGCUCCCACAAUCCGUAUUUUUCUUGGAAACGCGACUUUAUGCUCGAGACGUCCGACGACAAAGCAUUGCAGGUGGUAUAUGCAAACACGCUCCAUCAGGGUAAGGCCAGGGGAUCGAUCUCGGUAGGGGAGGAUUAUCGGGCAUUGUUUCUGCCAGAUCGUGAUGAUGAAAUAAUCAUUUAUACAUCGUCGUGGAUUCGAAUUGUCGAUGUGCGCACGAUGCAGUCUCGCUCGGCCUUCUCCUUUCCUCUGGCCCUAAGUGUGCACACUAUGACGAUUGGUGGCAUCUCUCCUUCUGGCGACCAUGUUGCUCUCAUCGGCGACUCGCGGAAACAGCCAAUAUUUAUGUUAGAGCUGAAGAUGGGACGCAUUUAUGCAGUGUCGGAUUCCAGAGGAAUUGGAGUCAAGUCGCUUUGCUUUGCUCCCGACGAAAGCUGCCUGGCCUGUUUGGACCAGUAUUCAUCGGCCAUUCACAUCCUCGAGUUCGCGCUUACGAACGUGGAUAUUGUGGCGGGCGAGGGCGAUACUGUCCCACCGGAACACACGCGCUUGUGGUGGGACAGCCACUUGCAGGUUACAACCGUAUCCGCAUGCGACAACCAAGUGGGGACUGCAUUCCUGUCUCAAAGCGACAAAGGUGUCCGGCUUGCCGUCUACCAUGCGAAGAUAGAUGUCUCUCGUCCCAACAAGGACGGGAGCGUCUCCAGGACUACGACCAUCACGACAGGAGAGAGAGUAUGGAGUCUUCGACACGAUCACGAUGAACACAACACGCUCGAGAUACGCCCUCUGUGCUUCUCCAACCAGGGUGAUUUGCUCGCUAUCGACGUCAUGGAUACGUACGGUGGCAGACUUGAACUCCUGAGCGUCCCUGAGCUGACGACCGUCAGCCAGAUCGACCCUGCUCCAAGCGCAGUGGCGAGGAGGUGGAGUGGCGCUCAGUUCUCCCAAGACGACGCAAGCCUCUAUCUGAAGCAGUGGCGGGGCGCUAGCGGGGAGGCGACCUACGUGUACGAUCGCAAGGGAGGGAGCUGGGUGGAGACCGCUCAGCAGCGUGAAGUAUCGCUUGUGUUCGAGAUAUGGGGAGACGGAUGGGUCUCCGACCGCCGCCUCGGACGGCGAAUUAUAUGGCUCCCCAAGCGGUACAGGCCAAUGGACUCCAAUGGCUACAAUCUCCUUUGUGGGCUUUCUGCGCUGGCAUCCAAUACCAUACUGGCCAUCGAGGCGAGCCCCACUGAGUCUUUGGUGAUAUUGGACAUAUCCGGAUUAUGUUUCGCUGUAGAGAGUUUAUAG